GUGCUCUAGGUUUAAGCGCUCCCAUUGAGGAGCCUAAAUAUUUCAUGGCUUUGUUCUAAGGAAUUAUGUCUGAACCAGGAUUAGGAGUUGGUCACACUGCUCCGAAUCCGAUUCUCUAUAAGAGUUUUACACUUAAAGAAAAAUCCACAUCAAAACUUCGCAUUCUGAAAAGAAUUCGAAAGCGACUAUCAGCUUCAUUUGGGAAAUUGAGUCCUAAAGAUGGUUUGUCAAACCUUGAGGAAACAGGGGCAUCUGGCGCACCUCCAAGAAGUUUUUCUUCUAUGAAUAUUUAUGCUUUGUCGAGCUCUUCUUCAAUCCUUGGUCCCACAGUAAGUUUGGGACCAGGUGGAGAGGUAGGUGAUGUGCCUCUGUAUCCUUUUGGUUCUAAUGUUGACUACACAUCGGAUGACCUCCAUUUGGUUCUUGAGGAUACUAAUAGAAGCGUUCGUGUGGAUGAAGCAAAUCGUUUAGUUUCCAGUAGUGUCAGUGGUGUGGGUUGUCCCGGUCCAAGCGCCAGAAGACUAAUGUACAUGCAACACCAAAAUAUCCCGUCAAUUCAACUUAAUAGACAAAGACAGAGUUUUUGUUCUGGCACAAUGUCGAUUCUUACAAAUCAACCUUCUCCGACACCUUGCACAAAUAUGACCUCAACAUCACGUGAUCACUCAUCAAUACCAAUAAAUCAAAUCUUCACUACUAGAACAAAUACGGAGACGUUACCUCCGUCUUCAAUAAACGCUACUAACUUACCGAUCGUUACUACUCGUGAUUCUUCGGGUCCCUCUUUAGCUCGUAGUUUUAGAGAUAUUUUUUUGGGGAGAAUUCAUCCAAGUCAAGCCGCUGGUACAUCAAGGUCAGCCAGUUACCGCCGAAUCGCUCGUGCACGUUGGCAUCAUUCGACAGGCAGUGUACUUGCUUCAAGCUCAGGUAUAACAGCAUCAGGCAGUGAAGAAAACGUGGCCGUGACCAGUAACCGAGCUUCUCUUUCUCAUCAGCAUUCGGAGGACCUAAGCAGCGGGAUAGGUAAAUCUUCUCCAUCUUCUUCUAAACCCAAUCCAGCUCGUAAAUUGAGCAGGUUUCGAGUAUCCAAAAGAAGAUCGAGAUUCUCCUAUACGCCUCCUGCAAACAUUGCCUCUGAACCCGAGACAGAUGUGAACUGGGAAAAUCUUGACGGUAGCAAUGGACGACGUCUCAGUCGCCCUAUGCACUCUGCUCAUAGUCAUUGCACAUCAUCUAGCCAUCUGAAACGAGAUUUUCCUAAUGAGUCACCAUUAGGCUCCAUGUGUGUUGUAAGAGUUACAGAUAAAAAAUCACACUCGCGACCGAGACCGCGUUCAGUUUCUUCUUCAACUUCCAAACUAGCAGGCUUUUGGAAUUCUCUUGUAUCAGGGGUAGUUAUUGGGAAUAAUACAGUACCAAAACCUCAACUUGCUCAUCAUCAUCCAUCCAGCACUGCUACACCAACUACUGUGAAACAAGUAAAAGGACAUCGUAACUUUUUGCGUAGCAGUCGUCACACCGGUGAAACACAAAGCGGUUUGGUUAAGUCACGUUCACGUAAAUCAAAGCAUUCCAAAUCCAAUACAGACGUAAAUGAUGGCUUUAUGAAAAUCUCUCCAAGCUCCUUUAUGAGUCGUCCACAUUCUGAAGAACUACGUUUGGCUGGUCUGCUCAACCUACGCGAUCCAAAUAUACUGCGUUCACCUUCACAGGUUGAUACAACAAAUAUUACAACUGCUAAUGGUGUUUUUCGACGCUCACCAGCACCCAUUAACAAAUCAGUAAAUUCACGUUUUGUUGGUGGUGGCAAAUAUAUUUCAUCUCAACGAACCAGCGAAGAUUGUAUAUUUCCAUCAACCAAUAGUACUCCUCAAUCCCAUUCUCAGUCACCCAAAAGAAUACUUCAUAAUCGUUCGUCUUCAUCACGUAGUUUCGGAUGCGUUGAUUCAUAUCAGAAACUAGAUGUCCUUGGAGAAGGAUCCUACGCCACUGUGUACAGAGGAUAUUCACAUGUAAUGCGUCGUGCUGUUGCUGUCAAAGAGAUACGUAUUAAUCCAGAAGAAGGUCUCCCGUUUACCGCUAUUCGUGAAGCUUCCCUGUUGAAGGCACUGCGUCAUGCCAAUAUAGUUAUUUUACAUGAUAUCGUCCAUACAAAGAAUACACUGAACUUCAUCUUCGAAUUUGUGCAAUCGGACCUGAGUAAAUACAUUGAAAAUCAUCCACGUGGAAUUAAGCUUCAUAAUGUUCGACUUUUUCUAUAUCAGUUGUUACGUGGUUUAGCUUAUUGUCAUGAUCGUCAUAUACUUCAUCGAGAUUUAAAACCUCAAAAUCUUCUGAUAUCAGCACAAGGUGAAUUGAAACUAGCUGAUUUUGGAUUAGCUAGGGCGAAAUCUGUGCCAAGUCGUACUUACAGUCAUGAAGUUGUCACACUUUGGUAUCGUCCACCAGAUGUCUUACUUGGUUCUACGUGCUACACUGCCUCACUGGAUAUAUGGGGUGUUGGUUGUAUUUUCACCGAAAUGAUAUCCGGAGUGGCAGCUUUUCCUGGAUCAAAGGACUCAGUGGAUCAGCUGGAUAAAAUUUUUCGGAUUAUGGGUACACCGACUGAAGAAACUUGGCCUGGUGUUUCUAAACUGCCCAAAUACAAAAGUUUGUUGGGUGAUGGUCAGCCUAAUUUAUCUCUGCAGAGAACGAAGAGUACAUCAACAGGAUUUAGUAGUGAUACCAGUGGAUGUGAAGAAAGAUCACGUAAACCUGGAGAUAGUGAUCAUAAACAAAGACGCCUACAUUAUUAUCCCAGUCGACCUUUGCAUAGAGUUAUAUCACGUCUUAGUCGUGCACCUCAUGCCGAAUCGUUGGCACUACAAUUUCUGCAACUUCAACCUUCUAAAAGAAUCAGUGCUAGAGCUGCUAUGCGUAGCGUAUACUUUUCGAAUCAUCUACCCACUGCUCAACUUGCUUGCCUACCAGAUACUUUAUCUAUCUUCGUCGUCCCAAACAUCCGUUUGCUUCCUGAGUCCAGUUCACAAACCAGUCCGAAUAAAGAUAUGUCUCGCAAUUACUGUCGGCGUCAUGCGAAUGAGAGUGAUCAGGUUGACAUUAAAAUACAACAUCAACAUAAAAAUCCUUCACAAGCUGAAGAACAUCGUGCUUCAGACACCAUGGAAGGAAAUGAGAAUGUUCAUGGAGAAUCUCAUGGUCGUUGGCAUCAUGCAGGUCUUUCACAAUAUGAAAAGCAACUAAUGGUGGAUGAGAGUCUGCAAUUACCAUCAUCUCCAACAUCCGGAACUAAUUCUACUAAGGUUUCAUGGAUGCGCCCACAAAAUAUACUUCCGUCCAAUAAAAACCGGAGUAACAGUCAUGCGAAUCCUAAGGAGAUAUUAAGUGGAAAAGCAAACAAUGGUUCUGAAGGUGAUAAGAGUAUUUCUCAGAAGGACGCUACACCUAAUCACUUGUAUGUUUCUCGAGCUUAUGAGUCGGCAGAUGCUGUGCUGAAUGCAAUUCCUUUUAAAAAACCGAAUGACGAUCUAUCUAAGUUAUCUCAUGAAGAAUGUGAACCAGUGAAAGUUUUUCCUGCCUGUUUUGAUUUACCUAAGAAAUCAGAUCGUCCAACGUCUAAGGUACCACCUUCUACUUCUCGCACUCAAAUGGGAAAUUUUAUGUCGCCAAAUUCCGUGUCUGCUUCAAUUUAUGACUCGCCUGCACGUGCUGCAAUUGUUCAUACUAAUCAGGCUUCUGAAUUUACCACUCCCGCCACUCAUUCUGGACUUCAUACGUUAUCAGGUUCUACAUCACAAGUUUUCCCACCUUAUCUUCACAAUGUCCAGCAACCUAUGCUUACUCCAUACCCUGCCUUAACCCCAUUAUUUUAUUAUCCUGAUUACUAUGCACCAUAUGUUACUCCGGAUUGGAACAGUGUACAAUAUCCUCUCUGCUAUCCACAAAUACCAGCAAUCGAUGAGCGCCGUACGGCUGCUGCCGCUGCAGUAGCAGCUGCCGCAGCUGCGGCUGCAGCGGUUACGUUAUAUCCUGCCGUCGCUCCACAAUCGGAUUCCCACAUACCAAGCAAUUUAGUCUCAUCUACUUGUUCACAUGACCAUAUGAAUCAGGAAGUAAGUAUGGGGUCAAGUACAAUAGAUCCUGCCUCAUUGAAUUUCAGCAAGUGUAACGACAGCUCCACUGCAGAGUCAUUGGGUAAGGAAUCACAUUCUGCUUAUCCGGAAGAUAAAUCAAGUGAAGUUUAUAACAACAGAAGUGGUCACUGUAGUGUGCCAUUAUCAGUAUCUUCUGAUAUGCAGUUCUCUAACAAAAUGCCGCCUAAUUUCAGUAGCUACUAUGUACCAUAUGGUCUACCCUUAAACUGCUCCAACCCGAUGUAUGUAUGUCCCUGUUUUGGAACCAACAACUGUGUUGGUGUGUCUAACUCCACUGCACCAUUUAUGCACAGUCCGUCAGCUUUUUGGGAUCCCAAAACAAUUCCUUAUGUGUUUCAUGUACCUAGACAUCACCUUAUGCCUUGUGAAAGAGAAAGAUCUCACAGUGUUUCAGUGGCUGCUCCUCUAGUUGUUCAGCCGGAUCUGAAAAAACAUUUAGAUAGUCCCAAGUCGCAAGUACCUAGUGACACUCAAGUAAAUGCGUCUUUCAAUCAAUCACUUCAUUCUUUCUCACAAGCACAUUCACUUGAUCAAAGUUCUGCCAAAGCUACUGAGUCCUUGAACAUUGCUGAAUCAUACGUCAACCGUGAUAAUGUGAAUAAUAAUCUGGGUGUUUACUCUAAUUGCUCACUUUUGAAUUCUGAAUUAUAUCAAGCAGUCUAUCCAAAUGGUCAUACAGAACUUGCUGGUUGCAUGAAUCCAUCUCAAGUACACUUACCCUUUGCAAAUGCUGAUAAACAAAUCUGCAGAUCCUGGCAAAGUGCAGCAGGCCUCACACCUUAUCAAGUUGGUUUGCCGGACAUUUCACAGACAUACCUAAUCAGACCAAAUCUUCUUCCCACUAUGCCGAAUUGUUACUUCCAUAGCCUCGCUAGCCCACUACGCUUUGGUCCAGACACUGGUGUUUAUAUUCCUCAAUGUAAUCAUAGCCAAAGUGGCAGCAGUUUUACAAGUCCUAAUGAACAUCUUGUACCAAUAGAUCAUGGAUGUAGUGCCGUGAGGACAACAUCUGGUCAUUUACAUCAUAGUAAUGGUGCUAAUAAUGAUGGAAGUAAUGGCAGUAAUCCUUCAGCAACUCCACCAAACCAUUUACUUUGCAUGCCCUCCUCUUAUCUAGCUUUCUAUUGUAAUCAUAACGAGUCGUGUGAACGUACAACAAUGAAUUCACAGGAGAAAAGGGGUGUAGAUGAAAAGUGUUCUCACUUACAACACACUAAUACUUGGCUAGACGGUCAGUGUUAUCCAAUUAACAAGUGCCCAUCGACAACAGUUGGACAACCACAACCCAGUCUGGUAAUAAAUAACAAUCUUGAACACCAAAUGCACUACUUACAUUUGUAUGAUAAGAGAAAUAAAGAACCAGAUGUACGUGUUAAUCGGAGUAUAAGCUUUACAUCACCUGAGACUAUGAGGUUAGAUCAUUUCCCGUUACCACCGCAGCAUAAUGUAUAUAAUAAUCAUAACAGUAAUCGUUUACCAGCAUUUUCACAUUAUCGUUUACCUCGAUCUUACGCCUAUUAUCCAGCUAGUCAUUAUUCGUCCUUAGCAGCGGCAGCAGCAACGCAGAAUCCCAUACGAUUUGGUAUGCCUUUUGUCAAUAAUAACAAUAGUGUUAACUAUCCUUAUCAGAAUUACCAUCAUCAUCAUCAUUCAUUACAAGACAAUUCCUCGAGAAAACUAUCGAAUUCCUGCGGACUAGAUGAGAUUUCACAGCAACAUCAACAGAAUAAUAAUCUGAUACAUUUUCAUCACUCAUCGUCAUCUGAUAUGAAUAAUAAUGACAGUAAUAGUAAUGAUGACAAUAAUAAUACCUGUACCAGUUUGUUAGAUAGAUAUAAUCAACGGACGCAGACUAAUGUUUGAUUUUCAUGAUCCAACAAUUAUGCAUUUCAAUCUCAGUAUCCUUCAAUACCAGUUUUCCUUUUGGUAUGUGUCAUGAUGUAAUGACUGACUGUCUACUGUUUGUUUUUUUGUUUCUACCUAUCACUUUGUACAUAGUAUCUUCUCAACACUUUCUCUUCUUUCGCAGUGAGCUGUUUUUUUCCUACCAUAACAAUGAAUGUCCAUCCCAGUACUCUUAUUUUGUAAUUAAACCACAUCAACUCUGUGUGUAAAAGGUCUAACGAUGCAGAAAUGCAUUGAAUGCUUUCAAGUAAAUUCUUCAUUUUCCACAGUUCAUGCAUAGUAUUAUAUUAAUGCAUCAACAAAAAAAGAGAAAAGCUUAGUUGAAAUGGUGUAAAGAUUAUUUUGAAAAAUAAAACAAGUUUUGUAGUUCAGAUAUAUGCAUUGUUAUUAAUUGUCCUACUGUACAAAUGCAUUUUUGUCAUUUCCACGUCUGUAUUUUCAAGCGCAUUUCGCCUUUGUUUUGGUUUCCAGAAACCCUGGAAUACAUUUUGCAUUUUCUAAUUGAAACAUUUGCAUCACCUUAUUCAAUUAUUAGUAUGCACAUGUUAACCUAUUGUGAAUGUUAUAUUUGUUUUUAUUUAUUUGUUUAUUUUUGAUUUGUUAGUGUUUGUGUGCAUUUUAUUUCAUGACUCUUCGACACACAAACACAUACACAAGUGCAUAGUUGUUCAUUUUCAUUUAAUCUACUUUUUCUUUCGUUUUCAUUUGUAAUUUAUUUUGAACUUGUGUACCAGUGUAAAUUUGCCAAUAAAAACAUCUCUUUUUCUGUGAAAUAUUACUUCUAUAACAAUGAUGGAUAGUGACUAGCAGUGGAAUCCAGAACGCCCGUUUUGUCCUACAUGGGACUCG